UUAUGGUAAACUGCACACACUCCCAUAUAAAUCCUUGUGAAAAAAAGAGAUUAUGUGUAUGUCUUCCUUGGUGGCCACGCUACCCGCAAAAUACAAAAAAAAACUUCGUUAAAAAAUCUCCGAUUUUCUCUACCUAUUUCCUUCAGGUGCGUAUUCUUUGUUUACACUUCAAUGGCAAUGGCAAUGGCGGCGGACGCUCCUCCAAACUCUGGUAGAGGGAGAAAGCGAAAAAGAACAAUGGCCCAAAGAAAGCUCGCUCAUGGAGGAAGUGUAGAGGUAAGGAGUGAUGAAGAUGGAUUUCAGGGUUCAUGGCACCCUGGGACUGUUAUUUCAUGUUAUAACCAAGGUCGUCGUGUCAAAUACGACCAUCUCCUAUGCAAUGAUGGCUCUAAAAAACUUGUGGGUGCUGUGCGUGUUUCACCCGUAUUAGAUGGGAUUGGUGAUGCCACUGCAAACAGCUGCAAUUAUCGUGGGUGCAUAAGGCCGCCGCCGCCUCAUGUUGAGUUUAGUAAAUGGAGCCUUCCCUAUGGACUGUGUGUGGAUGUCUUUUACCAGGAUGCUUGGUGGGAAGGUGUGAUUUUUGAUCAUGAUGACGGUUCAUAUGAGAGGAGGGUUUUCUUUCCGGAUUUGGGUGAUGAAUUAAAGACAGGAAUUAACAGGUUGAGAAUAACUCAAGACUGGAGUGAGGUUACAGAGAAUUGGCAGCGCCGUGGGACCUGGUUAUUUCUUGAGGUGAUUGAGGAAUAUGAGCAAGAAGGGUAUAUUGGUGUUUCAGUGCAGCAAAUUUGGUAUGACUCGCGCGGAAAAGAAGAUUUUGAGAAAAUUAAAGACUGGACCUGUAGUAGGAAAGACUUGUGGAAAAAGUUAGUGUGGGAGGUCAUUGAUGAGAACUUCAAUAUUUUUCUAAAAUAUGUUUUUCAGGAUUUAGAUCGUUCCGUGGGCUUGUUACAAGAAGGCAAUGGAGGAUUGGAAUUAGGUAGAACCGCUGAUGAUGUUGAUAUGAGCCCUGAAGCAGAUUUGGCCAACUCUCAUGCUAUUGUCCCUGUUGAGAACUCAUGGUGUAGUGGUUUAUUGGUUGAUCAAGGGAACUCUGCCAUGGAUAAAUUAAAUUCUACUUUGGGUGUUGAGUCGGAUAUGAAUCUUUUGAUUGAAUCAGAUGUACCCUGCCAUGAUAAAGCGGUGUGUUUGUCGAUAUUACCUUCUAAUCCAGAUGGAAUUUCUAGCGCCAACUCCUUGACCAUCAGUGGAGAUCUUUCCGAGGGUUUGUUACAAGAAACCAAUGGAGGAUUGGAAUUAGCUAGAACUGCUGAUGAUGUUGAUAUGAGCCCUGAAGCAGAUUUGGCCAACUCUCGUGCUAUUGUCCCUGUUGAGAACUCAUGGUGUAGUGGUUUAUUGGUUGAUCAAGGGAACCCUGCCAUGGAUAAAUUAAAUUCUAGAGAUGCUGAUGAUGUUGAUAUGAGCCCUGAAGCAGACUUGGGCAACUCUCGUGUUAUUGUCCCUCUUGAGAACUCAUGGUGUAGUGAUUUAUUGGAUGAUCAAGAGGAUUCUGCCAUGGAUAAAUUAUAUUAUACUUUGGAUGUUGAGUCGGAUAUGAAUCUUUUGACUGAAUCAGAUGUACCUUGGCAUGAUAAAGCGGCAUGUUUGUCGGUAUUGCCUUCUAAUCCAGAUGGAAUUUCUAGUGCCAACUCUUUGACCAUCAGUGAGGAUCUUUCCAGUUGUAAUUCCCAUAUGAUCAACAGAAAGCCCAAACAUAGAAAGAAUGUAAAUUGGCUACCUGCUGGCCCGGACAUACUUCCUGAAGCUGCAUUCUGUCCACAUGCUGUUACUGAUUAUGUUACGAGUAUGAGUAAAAAAAGGGCUGGCGGGAGUUCUGUAACUACAAAUUUGCGGAAGCAUCUCUUGUACCUGGGCUGGAAAAUUGAUUUUGUGAGAAAUAAUGGAAUUAGACUACGGUAUACCUCACCUGAUGGGAAAUGGUACUAUUCACUUGUUCAGGUCUGUCAGGGUUUAAGGGGAUCCACCACAGAGAUGAUUUCUUCAAUCUCAGAUAACCAGAGAAGUAGUUUGCAUAUUUUACCUGAUGAUCCGUCUUCAACUUUGGUUCUAGAACAACCAGAAAAAAAUCAGUGUCUUGAUUUUGCCCCUCAAACUGUGGUGUCUCCUCAGUCUGAUAUCCUUAGAGAAAACACAGAAUUUUGUCCUCAGGCUGUUGUGGAUUAUUAUAUGCAUGGAGAUAAGAGCUCCAAGUCUCGUAUUUUGAGAUCAAAGGCACGGUUGCACCUUUCAGCGGUGGGGUGGAAGAUGGGUUACUCAUUUCGGGCAGGAGGGAAACGUGAGUUGCGCUACACUUCUCCAAGAGGGAAGGUUAAAUAUUCUUCACUUAGAUUAGCCUGCAAAGACUGUAUAGACGGUGUCAUUGAGCAAGACGAAGGCGAUAAGUCAUCAUCUACAGCAAGUAAUGCACCAUCCACAAAGGGGUACAGAGAGUCUUCCAGUAUAGCACAGUCAACAGAACUUCCUGAGCAUGGUAAAGUUAAAGUUCGGAAGACAAGAAAAAUCCGUGGGAAGAGGAAGGAUGAUUUAUUACAUCUUACAUCUCAGUCUUUUCAAGUACAACAUAACUUGCAAGCUGCAAAAGAUGGUUUGCCAAUUGGAUUAAUAAGUAGUAGAAACCUAAAUCCAGAAAAUGAAAAGGCCAGCCUCCCAAAGUUUAAAAGAAAAAAGUUUCUUGGUGCAUGGAACAAAUUAAGAAAUGAUCUGGAAAGUGGUCGCCCAACACUGCGUUCAUUCAAAAGAGUACAGGAGGUGGUUACUCCUAGUUCAUCACACUACAAUCCUCGAACUGUACUCUCUUGGUUGAUUGAUAACAAUGUGGUGCUGCCAAGGGCAAAAGUACGUUAUCAUAGCAGAAAGAAACUCCGUCCAAUGGCAGAAGGGCGGAUAACUCGUAAAGGGAUUAAGUGCAGCUGUUGUCAAAAGGUGUUCACUAUUUUUGGCUUUGAAGUUCAUGCUGGCAGCAAAUGCCGCAGACCAGCUGCUAAUAUUUUUCUGGAAGAUGGCAGGUCUCUGUUAGAUUGCCAAAUGCAAAUGAUACAUGGUAAUAAAAUGGGAAGCUCCAGACAAAAAACACAUGAUAGGCUGAAGGGAAAUUCACAUCAAGGCGAGAAUGACCACAUUUGUACCAUUUGUCACUAUGGCGGUGAAUUAAUUUUAUGUGAUCAAUGUCCAUCUGCAUUCCAUAAAAGUUGCAUCAGUUUGAAGGAUGUUCCGGAUGGUGACUGGUUCUGCCCACCAUGCUGUUGUGGAAUUUGUGAGCAAAAGAAAUUCAGAAACAACAGUGAACAUCUAACUGAUGACAUUGUUCUCACUUGCACUCAGUGCGAGCAUAAAUAUCACAUUGGCUGCUUAAGAGAUAGAGGCACAGAUAAUCUGGAAAAUUGUCCUGAAGAAACUUGGUUUUGCUGCAAAAAGUGUGAAGAGAUAUUUUUGGGCCUCCGUGAGAUUUUAGGUAAACAAAUUCCAGUGGGUGUGGACAACAUGACUUGGACAUUGUUAAAGCCGAUGAUGUCUGAUAGUCAUGAUGUUGAGGCCAUGACGGAAAAUUAUAGCAAACUUAAUGUAGCUCUUGGUGUGAUACAUGAGUGUUUUGAACCUGUUAAGGAACCUCACACCCAGAGAGAUCUUGUCGAAGACGUUAUUUUUAAUAGAGGGUCAGAGCUUAACCGAUUGAACUUCCGAGGGUUUUAUACUGUGGUUUUGGGGAGAAAUGAUGAGAUGAUUGCUGUGGCUACUGUAAGGAUCUAUGGAGGGAAAGUGGCAGAAAUACCUCUUGUUGGUACCAGGUUUCAAUUUCGUCGACGUGGAAUGUGUCGCGUCUUGAUGAAUAUGCUUGAAAAGAAGCUCGUCGAAUUAGGAGUUGAGAGGCUGAUUUUGCCUGCAAUUUCUAGUGUGCUGAGCACGUGGACCACUUCAUUUGGGUUUACGAAAAUGACAGAUUCUGAGAGGAUGCAGUUUUUGGAUUUUACUUUCCUGAAUUUCCCAGAUACUGUCAUGUGCCAGAAACUCCUAAUAAAGAACCCUUCAGAAGAAUCAAGUCCAGCAAGAGGAACCCAGGGUGAUCUUGCCUAUGAAAAUGGCGAUUGUACUAAUUUGGAUGUGUUCAGUGCUAUCUCUGAAGUAUAUCAAACAGAACAAAUAGAUGAGAGCAGAAUUGCGGAACAGGGACUAUUAAUGCAACAACGGUUAGGGUUGCAAUAACCCAGUUGAUGAUACGUUUGUCAUGCCCCAGCCAUGUUUUACUGAAACCAAUAGAGGGUGCUUUCUUGAAGAUGGUAAUUUUACCGAAACCAGCAGAAACGGCAGUAAUUCAGAUUUCAUGUGCUGCAAGCGGAAGUAUCAAAUAGCAGAAGCUGAUUGAGCUAAAAAAGCGCAGUGAAGUGAAAACUCAUUCUAGUGUGCAUGCCUAGAAGACUGUUUUUUUUGCUUUGUGAGAUGCGUGGAUUCUUCUUUGUACAGAAACCAUGGGAAAAUAACUUACUAAUGCAUAGUAAGGAUAUAUGUAGCAAUAAAGCUAACCAUUAGUUUUUCUUGGUGCACAGAUUUGGAGUAGAAAUGUAAUGGUGCCUUAUUUGUGAAUACAGCUGAUAAUCUUAAUAAUAAUUAUCCCUUUGAUCGAUC